AAUGACUUGUGCGUGGGUCUUGGAGCUGCCAUUUUAAAACUAGAAAUGUUUUAUAAAUGUCAAGUAUUAUUAUUCAAUUGAUCCUAAUGGCAAGUCUACUCGCUUGCCAGCAGGGGGUAAAUGUAAAGAUUAAUGUAAGAUUUUAAAGCUAAGGCUGAUCUUGCGCUGAGAGAAAGUUUGACAAUUAACAAAAAAAGUUUGUCAAUGAGUUGGACACCUCCCCUGGGUAACGGCGAAACGUCUAGAGAAAUUUUUAAAGAAGUCUUUCCAAGGCCGGAAAAGUGGCGAAGGAAGCUAGUGGACUUCAGGGUUUUUGUUUUUCAAGAUUUUACAUUGGGUAUUAAGUACUCUCACAGCCUGUUAAAACUGUCGCUCUGAGUACACUUGCAAAACCAAAAAAGAAAAAGAGGAAGAAGAAAGGAUUAAAAUAAUCACGGCAUCGCCAACAGGAUCGUAUUUUCCCGAAGGUGGUUAACCAGCCAUACCGGAACCACGAAACACAGAGUCCUGUGCAGCACGGAGGACUAACAGUAACACCGCCACGCCGGCAGCAAAGUUCAUUUUGGUUCCCGCCCCGUUCCUCUUGCUUCUUUUAACUCCUUCCCCCUUUGCCGAUUCUAGAACGGAACCCUUUUUUAAUUCUUCCCAAUAGAAACGUAGGAACAAUUUCGUGAACGCAAUCCGGAGUGCCCAACAUGGCGGCGGCCGUAAGGUGCAUGGGUAGAGCCUUGAUACAUCAUCAAAGGCAUAGCCUUUCCAAGAUGGUUUAUCAGACAUCAGUUUGUUCUUGUUCUGUAAACAUUCAAGUGCCCAACAGACAUUUUGCUGCUGCUACAAAGUCUGCAAAGAAAACAAAACAUGGUGCUAAAGAUAAAACACCAGAUGAAAAAAAAGAUGAAAUAGAAAAAAUAAAAGCAUAUCCCUAUAUGGAAGGCGAACCUGAGGAUGAUGUCUAUUUAAAACGGUUAUACCCGAGGCAGAUAUAUGAGGUGGAGAAAGCUGUUCACUUACUUAAGAAAUUUCAAGUUCUUGACUUUACUAGUCCAAAGCAAAGUGUUUAUCUUGAUUUGACACUGGAUAUGACACAGGGAAAGAAGAAAAACGUGGCGCCAUUUACCAGUGUUCUUAGUUUGCCAUACCCAUUUGCUUCUGAAAUCAAUAAAGUCGCUGUAUUUACAGAGAAUGCAUCUGAGGUCAAAAUAGCAGAAGAAAAUGGAGCUGCAUUUGCAGGAGGCACUAGUCUGAUACAGAAGAUUUGGGAUGAUGAAAUUGUUGUAGACUUUUAUGUAGCUGUUCCAGAAAUAAUGCCUGAACUUAAUCGAUUAAAGAAGAAGCUGGGUAAAAGAUUUCCAAAGGUUUCUCGAAAUUCCAUUGGCCAUGACAUCCCCAAAAUGCUUGAAUUCUUCAAAAAUGGACAUGAAAUUAAGGUAGAUGAAGAAAGGGAGAAUUUUCUGCAGACCAAAAUAGCAACAUUGGAUAUGUCAAGUGACCAGAUAGCUGCCAAUCUGCAAGCAGUUAUUAAUGAAGUUUGUAGGCACAGAUCACUGAAUUUUGGUCCCUUUGUGAUACGUGCUUUCCUUCGUAGUUCAACAAGUGAAGGUUUAUUACUGAAGAUUGAUCCAUUGUUGCCUAAAGAAGUAAAAAAUGAAGAAAGUAAAAAAGACACCUAACUGUGUUGAAUUGUGAAAUUACUUUAAGUGGUUUAAGAAGCAAUGGAGAAAAUUAUAAAACUACAUAAUUUUUACAUUUGAUGUCUCGUUAUUGAUCAUACUUGAAAGUGAACUUUAACACUGAAAAAUCUUAGUCAUUUCAAGAAUAAGAAAAUAAAAUUUUCUCUUUGUCUGAACCUGC